AUGCUUUGCUGUGGGGGACGAGUGGAGCAUCAUUGGACGAGUGGAGCAUCAUUGCAUCAGAUUCCACUUUCGAUUUCAUUCGAAAUGCCGAGCUCCUUACGCUUUCUUCUCGCUUUCAUUCGAAAUGUCGAGCUCCACUACCAACUAAUCAACCUCUCUUUGGAGUUAAUUAAUUUCUAUCAAUUGAGGGUGGAGAAAGACAAGGAGGCAGUUGGUGGUGCGGAAUACAAAACCCUAAUGGAAAUUUCUGGGGAUCCAGGUGGCGGGUGUUCUGUUGAUGGGGUUAGGGUUUUGGAGGAGGACAAGGGUUUAGUUGGAGGAACGCAAAUGGAGGAUGUAAAUAGGGUAAUGGAUGUAAAAGAAGGGGGUGAUAGUAAAAUGGAUGAUAAGGUCAGUGGAGUUUCUGUGGAAUUAAAUGUGGAUGUGAAUACAGAGGGGGUUAGGGGGGCUUUUAGAAAAUCUAGGGUUGAGGAAAGACCGACUGGGGACAAUGGACGGGGCUCAUGGGAAGUUAUGGAGUUGGUUGGAAGAGUGCUUGAUGGUAAUUUUGGAAUAGAAAAAGUAGAGGGAGACUUUAAACCUUUUGGAGAUGAAACUAGAAGCAAUCUUCUUGUGGAUUUGAAUGUAAAAAGCUCCGUGAUUGGGGAGGCUGUAUCUGUGAGUGAAUUUGGCAAUAAAGGAACUGGGAUUGACAACAUAUUGGACAAGCAGAAGUUGGAUUUGCAAGAAGAAGGAGCUGGUCUAAGUGGGGGGGCUGUAUCUGGUAAUGAAAUUGGCAACAAUGGGAUGGGGGUUGACAAGAUAUUGGGUGAACAGAAUUUGGAUUUGCAUGGUGAAGGAACUGGUCUAAAUGGAAAACAAACUGUGGUUAUUAAUGAACAGGUGCCAGAUGUAAAUUCUAGAAAUGCCGAGAGAGAUAAUGAGAAGCCUGGUUUGCUAAUACCAAAAACACGUGGAGAAGGAUCCGAUCUAAAUGGAAAAGUAAACUUGGUUUGUGAACACGUGUCAGAUGUAAAUUUUAGAAAUGCUGAGGGAUAUGAUGGGAAGCCUGUUCUGCUCAUGCCAAAAACACGUGGAGAAGAGUGCAUAACAGAAAUGGAAGGAGAAUACUGUGCCUCGGAUCUAGUGUGGGGCAAAGUAAAGAGCCAUCCCUGGUGGCCUGGGCAGGUAUUUGAACCUUCGGCUGCAUCAGAGAAUGCAAUUAAAUAUUUUAAGAAAGACAGUUACCUGUUAGCAUAUUUUGGGGAUCAGACAUUUGCAUGGAACGAGGUAUCAAAGAUAAAGCCAUUUCGUAUUCACUUCUCUCAGAUGGAGAAACAGAGCAGUUCCAUAGCAUUUCAUCAUGCUGUGGAUUGUGCCUUAAAAGAAACUUCUAGACGAGUCGAGCUUGGUCUGUCAUGUUCAUGCUUGAUAGAGGAGGCACGUAAUAAUAUAAAGACUCAUGUUGUUUCAAAUGCCGGUAUACGGGAAGAAUCAAGUAGAAGAGAUGACAGGGACAAUGUAUCUAGUGCAGCCACAUUUUUACCCGCAGAACUCGUUAGGUACUUGAAGGUAUUGGCUGAAGCUCCAAAAUGUACAACUGAUAAAUUGGAAUUUGUGAUAGCAAAAGCUCAGUUGCUGGCCUUUAAUCGAUGGAAGGGUCACUAUCAGCUUCCUGAUCUACAGGAGUUUGGUGGAUUGAUGGAGGAUGAUUUUCAUGUUACUGUUAUGGGUGAUAAAAGGGAUUCUCCUGAGAUGAUGGAAAGAGCACUUCCAGGUUCUAAGGUUACUCGUCAAUCUAAAAGGAGAAAGUCAAUUCCUCAAGAUGGUUCUUCUCGGAAGCGCAAGCACCUCUCAAGUGACGAUAAGUGGCCAAAUGAAAAAGAAAAGUGCGAGUCAGACUUGAUUUCCUUGAACAGCUCUAGAUUACCAAAUGGCGAGAAGAAAUCUGGAAGGAAGGCUAGCAAGAAGACGGGCACUUCUGGUGUAAAACGCAAACACGUUGAUUCUAUAUCAAGCAAUUCUAAUGUGGAAGGAAGAAAGAGACUUCUGCCACCCAAUGAUAAAGUGUUGUUGCAGCCUAACUCAUAUCUUAGAGUUGGAGAACGCGUAUGUAGGGCUAUGAAGUCUGGUGAUGGAAGUUCUACUCUAUCUGUUAGUAAAAGUGGUGGAAAACGUGCAACUGGUGUUCUUUUGGGUUUGACCCCUUGUUCUGGAAAACCUCAAAGCGAGAAAUUGGUUCCAGCUGAGUGCCCUCCUCCACAUGAGAUUUUUUCAAUCCUAUGCAUGGCUGCAAAAGAUCCCAUGAAAAAGUCUGGCUUAUUGACUUCAACAGUAAGUAUGUUCUGUGAGUUCCGGAAUUCUACUUGUUUGGAAAACGAUAAAACACAAAAUCAUCAAAAGCAUGCUGGGGAGCAUGAGGAGAAACUACUGUCCGCCUUGGAGACUGCAGAUAUAUCUGGGUUUGACGGUAUAAAUGACUCUUAUUGGACAGACAGAAUCAUUCAAAGCGACCCAGAGGAGAAGAUGAUAUUUGAACCUAAGAUCCCUACGCCGCAGGUUGCCUCUGCUGCUGAAACUGAAGCUAUUGUUGGUAUGAGUGCAAUCUCGGACAAUAAACAAGAAAGAGAUGCUGUCAUUCUGGAUUUGGAAACAGACAGUUUAGCUGGUCUCGUGAAUGAAAAAUCCCAGAAAUAUUCUCCAACAGCACUGAUCCUCAACUUUACGAAUUUAGAAUCUAUUCCUUCAUUAGCAAAUCUGAAUGAGAUAUUUAGCCGUUAUGGACCUUUGAAUGAGUCAGAGACUGUAGUAUUGAGCAAAAGCAAGCGUGCAAAAGUGAUCUUCAAGAGUCGAGUAGAUGCUGAAGCUGCUUUUAGCGGUACCGGGAAAUUUAGUAUUUUUGGGCCUUCACUUGUCAGUUACAAACUCAACUAUUCGCCUACACCACGCAAAGCUCCUACAACAUCAAAGCGAAACAGAAAGCAAACAUCAAUGAAAGACGGUGCACUUUAA